UUUGACAACAAAGUGUUAGACUCUAUUUCUAAGUACUAGACUUCAAAUGAUAAGGUCCAAAAGAAGAUAUUCAUUUUUUUGUCCUAGAGAACUUAUUUUCCUGUGAAAAUGCCUACCACAAAGAAGACACUGAUGUUCUUAUCAAGCUUUUUCACCAGUCUUGGGUCUUUCAUUGUAAUUUGCUCUAUUCUUGGGACACAAGCAUGGAUCACCAGUACAAUUGCUGUUAGAGACUCUGCUUCAAAUGGGAGCAUUUUCAUCACUUAUGGACUUUUUCGUGGGGAAAGUAGUCAAGAAUUGAGUCACGGACUUGCAGAACCAAACAAAAUCUUUGCAGUUUUAGGGAUACUGAAUAAUUCUUCCCAAAAAACUCUGCAUUUGGUGACUAUCCUGUUCCUGGUCCUGAGUUUGCUCACGUCGCUGCUGAGCUCUGGGUUUACCUUCUACAACAGCAUCAGCAACCCUUACCAGACGUUCCUGGGGCCGAUGGGGGUGUACACCUGGAACGGGCUCAGCGCAUCCUUCGUUUUUGUGACCAUGAUACUGUUUGUGGCGAACACGCAGUCCAACCUUCUCUCCGAAGAGUUGUUCCACAUGCUUUACCCGACAACCACCAAUAAAGGAACGACCCACAGUUACAGAUACUCAUUCUGGCUCAUACUGCUCGUCAUUCUUCUAAAUAUAGUCACUGUAACCAUCAUCAUUUUCUACCAGAAGGCCAGAUACCAGCGGAAGCAGGAGCAGAGAAAACCGAUGGACUAUGCUCCAAGGGACGGAAUUUUAUUCUGAAUUCUCUUUCACCUCAUUUUGGCAUUGCCUCUGUUUUACAUCAGCCCUGAGUAGUAACUGGUUAGCUUCUCUGGACAACUCAGCAUGGUAACGUGACUGUCAUUUGUGACCGUGUUUGUGUUUCGUGACACUGUAUUCUUCAUUGAUGCUGUACUCCUGAAAAGUUUUUCCCACAAGGUUGGGGAAAAUGAAUGGGAAAUAGAGCCAGUCUGUGUGGCAUUCAAAGCAGUAGCAUCAAGACGAGCCCAACGACCUUUCUGACCUGGUCUCACGAUCUGAAAUAAUAAAAGGUUGUGUCAUGUUUU